AUGAGCAGUAAAAAUAGCACAACGGGCAAGACGGACGCCCCCAGCGUCACCGCUGAUGGGAAGCCUGUGAAGAGUUCCAGGAUAAAAAAGAUGAUGAAGGGGCUGACCCGUAAAAAGAAGAAGUCAUCGUCCAGUGUAUCUGAUGCCAUGUCUACCGCAGUCAGCGUCCAAGCAGAUGAAAUUAGUACGAUGUCAGUUCCUGUUAGUGGUGCGAAGCGCAAGCCUGUCACUCUUCAGCUGGUCUUAUUGCUCAUGGAUCCAUCGACUCGACGAUUUGAACUGUUGCAACUUGAAUUCGAUUCGGACAAGGCUCGAGUCUCUGACAUCAUUGCCCAAAUUCCAAUUAGUGUUACAGAACCUUCCAUUCGAAGUCAACAGUACGAAGGUGUCGUAGAUGCCUCUGGAACCUCAAUGAGCGAAUUUGUGAGGCUGAUUGACUUUUGCCGUGGUAGGACAGUUCUUGUUGCCCUUCCAAAGGGCCUCACAGUCAAAGAAUGCGUGCGUUUGGCACGCCCUAUUUUGUCUGAUUCGCAAGUAGAGAAGAUGCUUUCUGCUGGUGAAUUCGAUAUUUCCGGAUGGAAAAAGAAGGAUAGCAAGGGAAGGUCGCGGGCAAUCUCUGAACAAAAGGUCAAGCCUAGCGCGCCAACUCAGGUCAAGACAGAGAAGUCUCGUGAAAAGAGCAUCUUCCCGACCAUCAUCAUGCUAGCCUUAAUUGCCAUUCUUCUACAAGCAGCUAACAGUUUUUUGUCAAGUCCCAUUCAAGUGGGCAAGCCACUCAAACCCGGAACAUGGAAGAGCAAGUGCGGAUUGUUGGGACUUGUUCCGCCAUCGCCUUUAGACAAGUAUGGCAUCAUUCCAGAGUGCACAAAUUCUUUCUUAGAGGUGCAUGGUGAUGGUUCCGUCAGUAUCCGGGAUGCUGCUAAGGAGCUUGAUGUAUUGAUGAGGGGGGGUGUCUGUGGAGAAGAAGACGAGGAUUGUGUAGAUGGUUUGGUGCUGGAAGAAGACGGGAAGGUCUUGAUUGGCGGAACUCAAGUCAAGUCGGGCUUCAUAUAUGGCGAAAGCACUGGAUUGAAUCCGUGGCCUUUUGAAAAGGAGCCCAAGCUGAAGCUGAAGCCCUCGUCCAGGUCUUAA